AUGCACUGUGCCGGUUUUGGCGGUUCCAGACCGACGCCGGCCUACUUUUGUCCGGGACAAAGAUUUCUGGAAGGAGUAAUGGACCCCCAGUGCACGCAACUGUCCAACAAUUCCGAGUGCGUGCAGCAACGCGAGCUGAACUGUUUCCCCCUGAGUUCUCGUCCCAAGUGGAUGAGAUGA